CUUAUCACUUUUCUUUAAGUAAAACCGAUGUUGCCGUUGUGACCCUAAUCUGUCCGGAAGAAAUAAAAAGUGAAGGCAUAGAAAAGCUAGAUAUUAAGAGAUAAGUAGUAGGAAACAUAGUAGAUAGAAAAAUUAUGGGAAGUGAAAGGUUACUGGGCUAUCGUUGGGCGCCAUUGUUAUGUCGCUGACUGUUGGGGUAAGGUUGGUUGGCAUACAGGCAUGCUCGCUAGCCCAGGCUCAGCUCGUCGGCGGGGGGGUCAUCUCCAACCAUCUUACCUGCAGCUGACACUAACAAACAAUAGUAAUCAUGCCUGGUUGUAGUCAGAAUACUAAAUCAAACAAUAGAGGGGGAGCUGAAGAAGAUAGAAAUAGGCCCGUCCUGGUCAGGUGGAGUCACCCACCCCUUCUACAAUUUUUUUUCUGUAGCCUUGGACCCUGCCGUGACUCCAACGAUUGGCAGAGUCCCCUAAGCCUGACCGGUUUCCGUCUGUCUAGUGUCCAGUCAUGUCCCUGUCAUCCCAGACAUUGCGUCGCGCCACCCAUUUCCCCUCUUGUUGCACCAGUGCAACACCCACACCAAACAACUACAAAAUUAGCAAAUCAUAUUAUUUUUUUUUUCUAUCACGGAUUUACAUGCUCUUUAUUACAAAAAAAAACUUACAAAUCUAUUACCUAACUACAAAUCCAAGUCCUGAUACAGUUCCUAAUUCCACUAAAUUUGAGUUCAAUAUCUAUAGUAAAAAAUCUAUACCAACUUAACUUAUUACUAUAUUUAAAGGUUCACUCUCCUAUGUACAUACGUAUAUUCCAAUUCAACAAUUAACAAAAUUCAGUUCCUUCAUGUAACUCAUUAUACUGAUAAUAAUAAAAAAAUUCAACUUCAACAAAAAAACUCCGAAUAACCUAAUUCAUAUACUAUAUGUGUACAUAUGUGUUUAGGGUGUAAUCCUCAAAUGUGAUAAUAAAAAAAAAAACGAAGCAAAAAAAAAAAUAAUGAUAACAAUAAAUUAAAAUGGUAACACAAGAUGAAAAUAAGUGUGGUGCGACAUAUGUCCCAUCUCAAAAAUACUCAAUUUAGUUUAGCGAGUUUCUAGUGUUUCGCCCGUCGCUGUAUAUAAUCCCCAAAAAUCUUCUGCUCUUAUCUUCUCUACAACUUGUAUUCUUGUAUGAAUACAAUUAGUGAAUGUAUAUAAGUGACUAGGUAUGUUCAUGUGUAUGUAUAUUUCUAUUUGUAACUUUGUACAUAAGCUUACGUUCUAGCACUUACCAAUCUCACGUGUGAUGUAGGCGCCUGCAUACAGGAGAUAUGGUUCAGCUGAAAGAGAAUAAAAGGCAAAAGACUUCCAAUACCUAGCGAGAGUAAUUGAGUGGGAAUAUUUUUGGGGUUCACUACGCAUGGACUAGGAAUGGUCAAUUAGACAUUAAUACUCGCCCGUGAUGAUCGCCACGUUUCUGGCUGCCUACCAGACUAUUUUUAAAUUACAGACAAAAAAACUUAAUAUACAUGUCUAUCUUCAAGUAUGAUCGGCCUAACUAAUUACUAAUAAAACAAAAUGCAUAUAAAAGCUCUAUAAAGAAACUAUAUAUGUAUAACUAUGUAAUUGUGUAAUUGUGCGCAAAGAAAAUUACCAACAAAAACUACUCGUCUCGGAAAAUGGUGCUCAUAUGCACCAACUAAUUUUUAAUUCUGGGAACUAACGCGACUAUUUUGACUUCAAAUUAGAGCAUGCAGCUUGUGGAUAAAUUAGUGAGUAAGUAAAAAUUCCUGUGGCGAGAAAUUAGUGAAAAAAAGGAAAUUACAUUCAUAUGUAUGUAAGCUAACCAAAAGUUAGGUUAAGUUCGGGCCAUCAAAACUAUUCCCAACUUAGUCCAAAAAAAAAAACAACAACAAGGCAAAUACUCGGAGGAUGGUGGUGGUCGGCGUGCACGUGCCUCUGCGCCGUUGCGCAUUCAUAUGACCUAUUCAAGAUAGACACCCCUAGUAACCAUACGAGAUGGGUAUGGAUGGAUCAUCGAUGGACACUUCAAUCUAAUUCGUGUGGUAACAAAUCGGCUCGAGUGGGCAAUAACUACCUUAAACGAAACAACAGCAUCUACAGAGGUACUACUAUUCCAGCUAGGCAGAAUCCGCACACGUUUAAACGAACUAAGAGGUCACGAGACGGCUAGAUUAAAACGUUCUAUUAACUGGAUUGGGUCAGCUUGGAAAUGGAUUGCUGGCUCACCUGAUGCUACGGACUGGGAUGAGGUCCUCCGAAACGAAAAUUCCCUUAAUAAAAACAGCGAGCAGCAGUACAAGGUGAAUGAUGAAAUUUUUAAGAAAACUAAUCAGUUAUUGCAGAGGCUCAAUGGCAUUGUGGGCGCCACCAAUGAUGUGAUCAACAAGAGGAACUUGGAGAGGAUUUUUCAAGAAGUCCAGCAUAAAAUCUUUAUCUUGAACGAAGACGUCAACGAACUGAUCCGUGCUUGUCAGAUGGCUAAAGCAAGAGUCGUCAACACCAAUCUUCAGGGUAUAGAGGAAGUUAACCAACUUGUCAGUGAGAUCGACGUUCUUCCAUACAGCAACGCCAUCGAAACCAUUGAAUAUAGCAAACCAUCGAUUUACACCAACAACACACUCCUCUUAUACGUGUUGUCCCAACCAAAGGUCACAGAAGCUAGAUUUAAUCACCUGAUCGCAAGAGCUAACAUACAGAACGGCGUCCGAGUGGAAUUGGCAUAUCAAACAAUCCUGACCAAUAAACAUCAGACAUUCGGCAUCAAGGAACACUGCUUGCAAUUAUCUGCUACCAUGAUCUGCGAAGGGAAAUCACUCGACCUGCUACCAGAAUCUAGUUGCCUAACUCGUCUUCUCAAGGGAGGACAAACCAGUUGUACUUACGCUACCUGUAACGAUUCCUCUGUUGAAAUCAUCAAGGAUGAUACCAGUUUCCUUAACAAUUUUAUAGGGAUUGUAAAAUCAGGUAACAAUUCAAAUACACAUAAUGCUUCUUAUAUCCUCCAGAUGGACAAUGAAACCGUAGCAAUCAAUGGCAAAAACUACUCGAGUACUAGUAGAUCAGGAGUACAGGUGCUUCCACCAAUCUUGGCCAGCGUCACCAAACGCAGUCUCGUAAUGAACUUUAACCUAAUACACGGGAUGAUAGCUCAUAAUAUCAAGCUCCUGGGAUACCUCAAGGAGAAAACCAAUUGGUUUGCAUUCACCGAAGGUUUGGUGUUAGUCAUACUAAUGUUAUCCCUUUGGCACAUUUGGAGAAGGAUUACGGCGAAGAUACACCUACCUGCAUUGAACAUUGACAACAAGGCUAAUCCAAAAACCGAGGAACGUCCAUCUUAUCUGCGGGACGCAGAUCUUUAAAGGGGGAGGAGUUAACACAUCCGCCGUCACCCAACAUGUUGCAUUCCCACAGUCCAGCAAUACACGUGCACCAUGUCAGCAUAAUUAUGGUUCACAACAUAAUUGACAUCCUACACCUUUGUCAAGGCCAAGUGCCUUUCAUCAUAUCAUGCAAUAGCAAUAUUGUGCAACGCUAUCAGACACCUAUGGCAACCUUCGGCCACAGUUAGUACCUCUGGCCAAUGCUUACGCAACUAUUAGUAUAACGGAGCCAAUGCAUUAGGCAUUGCAGCGGUGUCAGCUUAAUUUCAUUUCACACGGUUGUGAAAUCAGUGUGUUGCAUAUUUUAAGUUACCUGUGGGAAUUCAAGGUCAAGGCGGCUCACUGACGUCGCGUAUGUCUGGCUAUAGAACAACGGCAGCGGAGCAGGUUAUAAAGGGCGGCAGAACUCGGAGCAGCGGCAGUUGCAUCGGGGUGUUACUAUAGUCAAUUAGGCUUA